ACAGAAUUUUGGAAUUAGUUAUAAAUUUUAUGAGUCGUGAUAAAAGAUCUGAAAGUAAUUGAAGUUUAACAAUCAUGGCAAAAGCAGAGCUAAAAGAAAAGUUGAGAUUCUUGAGUAACGUGAAUCAAACCUGUGCUUAAAUCUUUCGAUUGGUUGGAAGUUCAUGCAGUAAUAUUUUAGUCUGAAUGUUUCGAUUUCCCAGUUGUGAGCAAUGGAGCUCAGAAUGCAUUUUCAACAAAGCACUGCCCACAAACAAAUUUCGGUGCCAUUUUUUGUUCUUUUGCUUUUGUAGAACCAGAUUUAUUCCAACUCUGCAACAGCUCCUCGCCUGACAAAUAACUCAAGUAAUCUUUCCAUGGCUAUAAAAGCCCAUUCAUCAAUGCCUGUUCACACAGUGCGGGAUCAUUUCAAUUGCUGCUCUUCUCUGCAACAUUGCAAUCUCUGCCCUACCCAGUUGCCUGUGAUCAGUUAAAGAAUGGAAGACGGAGAUGAAGUGCAGGCUGUCGUGUGUGACAAUGGGUCCGGCACUGUGAAGGCUGGAAUGGCAGGAGAUGAUGCUCCAAGGGCGGUGUUUCCGAGCAUAAUAGGGCGGGCGCGUCACAGAGGAGUAAUGGUGGGGAUGGGGCAGAAGGAUUGCUAUGUGGGCGACGAGGCGCAGGCCAAGAGGGGAAUCCUGAGCCUCAAGUACCCUGUGGAACACGGCAUUGUUUCCAAUUGGGACGACAUGGAGAAGCUUUGGCACCACACUUUUACCAACGAGCUCCGCAUAGCGCCAGAGGACCAUCCUGUUCUGCUCACAGAGCCGCCAUUGAAUCCCAAGGCCAACCGUGAGAAGAUGGUGGAGAUCAUGCUUGAAGCCUUUGCCUCCCCUGCCACCUAUAUUGCUAUUCAGGCCGUGCUGUCCCUCUAUGCCAGUGGACGAACUACAGGAAUUGUAUUGGACUCUGGCGAUGGGGUGACACAUGUGGUGCCAAUCUACGAAGGGUUUACACUUCCCCAUGCAAUUUAUCGCCUUGAUUUGGCAGGGCGUGAUUUAACAGAUGCACUCAUGAAAAUUUUGACAGAAAGAGGUUACAACUUCUCUACUACUGCUGAACGUGAAAUUGUACGUGACAUGAAAGAGAAACUAGGCUAUGUGGCCCUUGACUUCGAGCAAGAAAUGGAAAUUGCCAAAUCCUCCUCAUCUUCUGAGAAGACUUAUGAGCUACCUGAUGGGCAGGUCAUCAACAUUGGAGGUGAGCGUUUCAGGUGUGCUGAAGUUCUAUUCCAACCUUCUCUUGUGGGAGUUGAAGCCCCUGGCAUCCAUGAGACCACCUUCAAUUCCAUCAUGAAAUGUGAUGUGGACAUCAGAAAGGAUUUGUAUGGAAAUAUCGUGUUGAGUGGAGGAUCCACCAUGUUCCCAGGCAUUGCUGAUAGGAUGAGCAAGGAUGUUACUGCUCUAGCUCCCAGUACAGUCAAGGUCAAGGUGGUGGCCCCUCCUGAGAGGAAAUACAGUGUUUGGAUUGGAGGUUCAAUUCUGGCUUCUCUUAGCACCUUCCGACAGAUGUGGAUAACCAAGGCUGAAUAUGAAGAAUCUGGACCAUCCAUAGUGCACAGGAAGUGCUUCUGAAUAAAUUGAUCCAAAUUGAUGUUGGUAAUUUCAGUGGUAUUUUUUUUUGGUUAAAAAUGGUGAGCUAACUUCACAAACGAGGUUGUGGCAUUAGGUUUACCUUUUGGCAAUGUUAGUUCAUGUUAUUUGAGUGGAGCAGAUGUUUGAGAAAGUUUUGAUG